UGCUCUACCUUUAAGCCCAACAAAAGGAAGUAUUCACAGCUCUUCUUCAUUAAAUAGCAGAUCCAAAACUAGCUAUCAAGUUCCUCCUAAUUCAUUAUCAUCUUUUAAUGUUCGUGGAAAUGAAGAAAACUAUAAAAGGAACAACGGGGAACAGAAGAGAUUAACUCAUAAACUUCGUUCACAAACCAAAGAUCCAAAACCAGCACGAAUUACAAGUGAGUUACAUCACAGUGAGUUAGAGGAAAGCAACAUAAAGAAUCAUCCGGAUGUAACUGAAUUCAGCAUGUUUUACGAGCAGCAAAAAUUAGUAGAGAAGAAAACACAGAGCUUCGAGAAGAAUUCGGCGACUGUAAUUUUCAAGUCAGAUGCCAAAGUUGUUUCUAGUACAUCAGUUGUCAAACAAGAUGCUCACACAAAUACUAGUCCAGUUCUGCAGAACGAUCGAUCCAACAUAACGUUUACCCGUAACUCAUCGAUUAUUAGUAUGAAAACAAACAAACCAGAAGAAGAACAGCCUCAAAUGCUAUCAAGGAAAACAUUAGACGUCCAAAAAAUGCCUUCGGUCAAUAUAAGACCAGGAUUCACAAUUCAACAUGGACCUAAAAUCAACAUUGUCGGUUCAAGUGUAAGUUCACACAAACUGAAGAGGAAAAAUACAGAGUUUUUCGACGUGGUUUAUCCUCCAAGUAGUCCUGUUUUUAGCGAGUCGUCGUUUAUUUCAGAUCAGGGAAGACAAAACAAACAAACAGAGUACAUAUGUGAUAGACAUUCAUUCCCUAGUGGCCGUCUGGUUCCCGGUACAUCAAGUGAAAAUUUGAGAGAAAAUCAUCCAAGUAAUUUAGAUGAAAAGAGAGAAGUUUUAAUAGAAUUGAUUAAAUCGGUGACAGAAAAAGUGGAGAAACAGCCAAGUCGAGGGAAUAAAAGCUGCUGUCGUCUAAUUUGUUCUCUGCCUCUUCUUGCUUCAGUUGUGAGAAAAAUCCAAGUGGAUUGUGUGAAAUGUGUGGACUUGCUGAACAGUCAUUUAGACAGACUUUUAGUGUUGAUGAAAGAAGAACUGCGAGGUAACAGGGAGAUCUCAGACAACCAUUGUUGCCAGUUAGACGAGACAGUUCAUUACCAGAUUGUGGAGCUGGAGUUGAUUCAGGAGGAGAACAAGAAGAGGCAAACAGCGCCUGUAAAUGUCGUGAGGCACAAAGAUGAGAAUUGUCAUGGAAACACCUGAUUUAGUUAAUCUAUUUCACUGACUGGCUUAUAAUAACGUACAUUUUUAUACUGUAAAAGUCAA